AUGUCAGGACAAGGCAUUUCGGGACCAGGCAUGUCCGGUUACUCGUACGGGAGUCAGCCGUACCAGGUUCCGUUCACGCACAUGAGACCGGCAUUUGCGGCGCCCGAUGCGUACCACCAGUUUCAGGACCCCGCGGUGUACCAGGGAGGAGGGUACGCGGCGGGCCAGUACGGGAGGCAAGGGGAGGAGGAGUACUUGGUCGCGAAAUUCUCCGAGCACUCAUUACGGCAGAAUGCGCCCGGGAUGGCUCCCACUGUGCUCUCCGGCCAGACGACAGGGGAGCCGUGGCCGCGGUUCAACAACGGAGAGGACCCGCUCACAGCGCGAGGCCGCAAGAUGGCGCGCGGGAAAGCAGCAGGUGCUGCAUGGGAGCAUGGGGACGCGGGUAUGGGGCUCAACUCACCAGCAGGACCCAUGGGCCAGCCGCAGCAGCAGUCAGCAUGCCGCUACGACAACUCCCUUGGGCUAUUGACGAAAAAGUUUAUCGACCUAAUAAAGGGAUCAGAUGACGGCACACUAGACCUCAACACUGCAGCGUCAACCCUGCAGGUCCAGAAGCGGCGAAUAUACGACAUUACGAAUGUGCUGGAGGGCAUUGGGUUGAUUGAGAAGAAAGGGAAGAACAACAUUCAGUGGAAGGGGUUGGAGUGUGAUUCGACCAUCAAAGAAGACUCGCAGAUUCUCCAGGCGGAGUUGAAUCGGUUAAGGGAGGAGGAGUUGAGUCUAGACAAUGGAAUCAAGGACAUGCGGGAACGGUUACGGCUGUUGAAUGAGGACGACAAGAGAAAACAAUGGAUGUUUGUCACAGAAGAAGACAUUAAGAACCUGCCAUGCUUUCAGAACGAAACCCUGAUUGCCAUCAGAGCCCCGCACGGCACCAUGCUCGAAGUUCCAGAUCCAGAAGAGGGCUUUGCACAGCGCAAGUACCAGAUACUGCUGAAGAGCACCAGUGGGCCUAUUGACGUCUACCUGGUCAGCCGGUUUGAGGAGAAGUACGAAGGAGCAGCGCCUUCCCAGGCAGGCCAGCCGGAUCAGCAGCAGCAGCAGCAGCAGCAGCAGGGGCAGCCGCAGCAGCAAUCCCUGUACUCUCAGACACCCAACCAAACAUUCGCCUCUCCUGCUGUUCUGGAUACUCCAGGACAAGGAGGAGCAGGAGGAGCAGGAGGAGCAGGGGCAGGGGCGGGGGUGGGGGCGGGGAUGGGGGCAGGGAAUAUCCCUGGAGGAGGGGCGGCGGGGGCAGGGGGAGAAGGGGGGCCAGCAGGGGCGGGGGCGGGGCGAGUAGGGGAAGCACAGUCAGGCAUUGUGCGGCUCACCCCUGCAGAGUCACAUGACUACUGGUUGCUGCCGGAUCAGCAGCUGGGACUCACAGACAUGUGGCGACCCGAUGGUACGGGUGUGGGGGGGGGCGGAAGGGUGGGGGAGGGAAGGGGGCUGGGUGGUGCUAGCUCUUCCAUCCUCCAGGCCCAUGGGACGAUCCCGCUCGUCUUAAUCCCUCUGAUGCAGGCAUGCCUGGGGGAGGCGGCACCUCACACGCCCCAUGAUCUCAAGCACUCUCUCCUCUCUCUGCUCGUUUUGAGUCGACUCAAAAAUAGGCGGCACGACACCCCACGUGCCCCAUUCUCACUCAAUCCCAUUCCUGCCCCCCUCUUCAUUCCUCUUGAUGCUACUUCUUUCCCCUUCACUCCCCCCCUUGGUGUUGACCCCUUCCACCCACCAGGCCCAUGGGAGGACCCCACUCGUCUGAACGCAUCCGAUGCAGGCAUGCCUGGGGGAGGCGGCCCCAACCAUGCUCGCCUGUUUUUGUCCCUUGACAUUCUCUCCCCUUCAACGCCCUCCCUUGCUUUCAUCCGCCCAUCCACCCACCAGGCCCAUGGGAGGACCCCACUCGCCUGA